GAUAGAGAAGGAUCCACAAAACAACACGCCGCGCGUUUCAAUUUGAGCCUUAUCGAGUGGAUAUAAAGUCGAAGUUCUUGUAGAUUUGAGUUGGCAGUUAGUCGUCUUUUAUUUGGAAUCGUUAUAGACGAUUCUGAUUGGUUGAAACGUUGUGAGUGGAACUGGUACGCCAGUCCGCGCUCAGAUACCAUCACGAGCGGAUGUAUUUAAAGUUCUCAUGGAAAAUUUUACGAAUUACGUAUAAUAAUGAAACGUUGUUGCGCGUACGGUUGCAAAGCAAAGAGCGGGGCCGCUGUCAAAUUCUACAAUUUCCCAACCUGUAGGGCACGAUCAAAGGAAUGGCUACGAGCUCUAAACCGCCCUGACAUCCUUGCCGACGUAGAUGGAAAUAGACUGAACCUGCUAAAAUACUACUACGUCUGCGAAGCACACAUCUCCUGGCACAACAUAGCUACAGCCUUACCAGUCCUUCAUAUUGUCAACAAGGGCACAAAUACAGACAAAAACACUAACCUUGAGGAUAAAGGCACUUCCACUGAAGAUUUGGAUCAGUAUCAAGCUAGCAAUGGAACGAAUCUGAUGCUACAUAAACUAACCAGGACAGAAGUAAGCACUAUUGAUAUACCGCCUGCGAGUUACUACAACUCUAGAACUAAGAAAGGGCCCGUAAAAAAGCCUGAGCCUGAAAAGGUUUCUAUUAAUAUACCUGUGCCUAAUGUGAAUCGAACUGCAGAAUAUGUUUUAAAACAUUCUUCAACUAAUGUACCAGAAACUGACUCAUUGCCUGCAGCAGAAACCGCGAAGCCUGUUGCACCAGCCCAAGUUGGACUAAGGAAUUUCAGAAAAAAUAAUAAACCAACAACCCCUUCACCUGUAAUACCUACUAUAGCUGUAAAGAAAUUACAAACGGAUAUACCUACAACAAAAACAAGCCAAAUACCAAAUAUACAACCAAAUGAGAGUGAAAAUGUUCCAGAAAUAAAAACAGAACCGAAUGCGUUAGUACUUGACGAUAUUGUGAUGGCUUUAUCCGAACGCCAAAGAAAUGAGCAGCCAUCGCAAUCGCCUAUAGAUGGACGUGAAAUAAUGUUUAAAGUUAAAAUGAAUUUGCCAUUUUUCACCGUGGAAGAAGCCACAACGUCAGGUAUUAAGCGUGAACUGGAUGAUGAUGUUGAUGUAACUGAUAAUCCUAUUAAAAUAGAAGAGAAGAGAACUAAACCGGGAUAGUUUUUAAAUAAAUAAAUCUUAAAAUUAUAAUUGUUAUUCUAUUGACUGAAUGUGACAUGUUAACAUUGUAAACAAAGCGACUAUUUGCGAUAUUGAUUGUGAUAUUCUAUAAAUAUGUAGUUGUUAAGAUAUUCAUCUAAUUAAAUUCAAAGUCAAAUAUUGUUGUGAGGAAAGGAUUGUGCCAAAAAGUUGUUUUUUUUAAUACUUAUUAAACAAUCUUGUUUUACUUUACCAAAAAUUGCAUCAUCCUGAUUUUUUUUUAUUUAAAAAAUCGUAGGCAAAAAACACGGAAGCUGCAGAAAGUUUUCAUUAUAAGUAAAACAAUAAAUGUCGUUCGUUCA